UUAUUAGGCCAGCUAUGGCGCUCCUGGUGGGUUGUUUUACCCUUGCGAGGGAGAAACUAAUAAUGCAUUUGGGAAAUGCUUGCAUUUGCCGUGCUAGUCGCGGGGUUCAGACUGUUACAAUACUUCAGAGAAGUUGCUCUCAAUUUAAACAGGUGGCCAGUAAUGAAGAUCUGCCAGUUCCAAUGGAAAAUCCCUACAAGGAACCACUUAAAAAAUGUAUCUUGUGUGGAAAACGUGUAGAUUACAAGAAUGUACAGCUUUUGUCCCAGUUUGUUUCUCCAUUCACUGGAUGCAUUUAUGGAAGACACAUCACAGGCUUAUGUGGGAAAAAACAGAAAGAGAUUACAAAGGCUAUUAAGCGAGCUCAGAUAAUGGGUUUUAUGCCAGUUACUUUCAAGGAUCCUGCAUAUCUGAAAGAUCCCAAGAUUUGUAAUAUCAAAUACUGAGACUAAAGCUAUUAUCAAUAAAACUUUGGAUAUUUAAUAUUAA